UGCGCACAGGUUGAUAAAAACUGGCGAGAUUUCACUUGUAACCGGCAGACUUCAGUUCUCUCUCUCUUCAACACACCUGUGACUCGAGAUUUGAGGAAUGGCAGAUAAGGAGCUUGCCAGAGUGAGGAGUAAGUUUGUGGAAAAGGUGUCGAACGCACUGCUUAAGGACCUCCUAGACGACCUUUUAAACGAUGGUGUCUUGAAUGACGGCCAGAAAGACUCGAUACUUGAGGAGAACAGUAACAGAGCAGACAAAGCUCGCAGUCUCAUUGACACGGUGAGGAGGAAAGGAGACGAAGCCAGCAGGAAGAUGAUCGCUCACCUUCACAGCAGAGACCUGAUGCUUUACUCUGAACUGGGUCUGACCUGUGGUGAACCUGCUCAGCCAGGUAAGCUGACAUAUUUCACCUAUAUUCUUUUUUUUUUUUGA